CUGUUAGAGUUCAUCACUUUGUAACACAGAAAGCUCCUCUUCCUUCCCAUUGAAAACACAACUAAUUGCUUUCUUUGAAGCUCUUAUAUCAAACUUUACUCAUCAAUAUUGUGGGCAUAGACGACACGUGUAACUUGGGAAAAAUUAGCUUGGAUCAAUCAAUCGUAUUGCUUCCAUGAGUAUCCAAACAGCUUCUUCUUCAGGUAAUCAUAUUUGUUCUUCCCGUUGGAAGUAUGACGUCUUUAUAAGCUUUAGAGGUGAAGAUACCCGGAAGAAUUUCACAGAUCAUCUAUAUGCUGCUUUGACUCGAGAAGGAGUUAAUGUUUUUAGAGAUGCUGAAGAACUUGAUAGAGGAAAACUCAUUUCAUUGGAGCUCCUUCGAGCAAUUGAAGAAUCAAGAUUUUCGAUUAUCGUCUUCUCAAGAGACUAUGCUAAUUCCUCUUGGUGCUUGGAUGAAAUUGCUAAGAUUGUUGAAUGUAAGAACACAAUGGGACAAAAUGUUUUUCCCAUUUUUUAUGAUGUUGAUCCAUCCACGGUAAGGAAACAAACAGGGACGUUUGAGGAAGCUUUUGCUAAGCAUGAAGAAACUUUUAAGGAGAAUAAACAAAAUGUUCAAAUAUGGAGGAAUGCUUUAAAAGAGGUUGCCGAUCUCUCUGGAUGGGAUGCGGAAAACAGGUAA